AUGUUACAGUUUAAAAACUGUAAAAAGGCUACAGUCCAGAAAAUACUGGAUGACUUGGUAUCUAAAGGGAAGAUCUUUAUGAGAACAAUAGGAAAAUCAAAAGUAUAUUGUCUUACACAAGACAUGACAUUUGAGAUUGAUGAAAGCAUUUACACAGAUGAAAUUGAUACGAAACAGGAUCAGACCAUAGAUGACAAGAUUUUGAGAUAUCUGAAGUGGAACUAUGAAAGGCAUGUGGCAGAGCUAAUUAAACUCAAAGAAGAAUGCAAGAAGCUAGAUCAGGUUCUAAAUGGAUAUGAGAACCAACUGAGUAUUGAUGAAUUAAAAAGAGCUAUUGAGAAAAUGAAAGCUAUUGUUAAGGAAUACAAAGGCAAGGGAAAACAGGAAUGUGUAAGUUAUGAAGAAUUUAAUAAGAAAAAGAAGGUAUGUUUAAAUAUUAAAAAAGAAUUAAUGAAGAGAACACAAAUAUACAAAAACAUUAUCGAUACAAUAUGCGAGGGAUGUGGAAUCAAAAAGAAGGAUUUCCUAAGGGAUGUUGGAAUAGAAGAAUAA